AUGCGUUCAGCAGCGAUCUCUUUCCUCGCCCCGGCCCUCCUUUCACGGGUCUACGCCCUUCCUCUCGUUAGCAGCGAGUCUUGCUAUGAGACUUCCACAGUUACUGUCACAAGGACCAGUGAUCCGGGAUGGCACUAUACUCCUAUUACAGGAGUCCCAAGCCCGACCGAAGCCCCCGUCGAUCCGACCACUCUUCCUUGUGAUGAAACAAGCUCGGCCCUCCUGACCUCUCUCCCUCCGGAUGAAACCUCGUCCAUCCCGACACCUCUCCCUCCUGACGAAACGUCCUCAUCCAUUCAACCUUCCGAACCAACCUCUACUCCAAUAAUAAAUCCGAGCGAGAGUUGCAAACCAGCAAACUGGACCAUAGAAGGACGAGCUCCUUCCACGGGCACGCUCAAAGCCGCCCUCAUCUUUGUCGACUUCCCCGACGCACCCGCCAACACCACGGUCGAGGAACUAUGGGCACCAUACGCAUCUGCCCCAAAAGAGCUGUACAGCCAGAUGUCCUACGGGAAACUGAAUUUCGAAAUCGUCCCUCUGCUCGACCAGUUCUAUCGCAUGCCUGCCGAUUCGUCAUCAUACAGUUAUUCGCGCGAUCUUACCACCGACAUGCACCUGAAAUACAUCAACGAUGCGCUCGAAGCCGUCGGCCCAGAUGCCAGCUUCGCCGGAGUCGACACCCUGUUUAUAAUGCCCUGUAAGUACGCAGACGAGAUCUCUUUCUCCACAUCGACCGCCAUGGACGUCACAGCCCUCGAUAACUCGGUGAUUGGGAGCACAAUUACAUUCGGACAAGAUCUGUACAAUGUCUGGGGUUACAAGACGAUCAACCACGAGACGGGUCACGCCAUGGGGCUGCCGGACCUGUAUCCUCCCAUCGAGGUCAUGGGCGAAAAUCAGGAGAACACCAAGGCUCUCGCUAUCCCGGUUACUAAUAACGUUUACAUCAUGGCCGAGGUUCGCUCGAAUCUGGGCAUCGACGACGAUGCAUGCGGCACCGGUGUGCUUUUGUACACUGCUGACAACGGGCUGCGCAGUGGGGAGGGACCCAUCCGUGUCAUUGACACGACCCCUGAUUCCCAGGGUUGUGCGGCCAGAUCCGGUGGAGAGGCGCACGAGUUUAACGAUGCACCCUUGAGUGUUGGCAAGUCUUGGGAUACAGGCUAUGGCGUCAUCGUCACUGUUACGGGGCAGGAGGGUGAUGAUUAUCUGGUCGAAGUUGAGCGUCAGACUUAG